GAUGAUGCCCGAGUAGAAUGCCCUGUCAUCUGAUUUCCUCAGACAGUUGAAGCAGUUUACCUCCUGACUUCACAGACUCUGAAGUCACUUUAACCCCUGAGCUGAAGUAGGAUGUUCAGCUUCUAGAGGUUUAACCCUGGAGCUGCUCACUACAGUUUUCAGCAAGAAAAGCAAGAAAAGCCAGAUGGAGGUGGAAGAGGUGGAGAGGUUGCCAAGGUUGUCCCGGGUCGCUGUGUGUGGUGGUACCCAUGGUAACGAGCUGUCCGGGGUUUAUUUGGUGAGAGAGCUGCUGAAGGUAAAGAAGAAGAAGAAGAAGGAAGAGGAGGAUGAGGAUGGAGGGGCGAUGUCGGUGCUGCUGGUGCUCUCCAACCCUCGGGCCAUGCAGCAGUGCCUCAGAUACAUCGACACCGACCUCAACCGCUGCUUCACCCACGCCUGCCUGAUUGGGCCCACGUUAGACAAAACCCCCUACGAGAUGAGAAGAGCCCGAGAGCUGAACGCCAUGCUGGGCCCCAAAGGCAGCGCUGGGGCCAUGGACCUGAUCUGUGACCUCCACAACACCACCGCCAACAUGGGCCUGAGCCUCAUCACAUACUCCGACCACGACUGGAUCUGCAUGCACAUAUUCAGACACCUCCAGAGGCAGAUUCCAGACACACCAGUCAGAUAUAUUCAUUAUGAUGUCACAUCUAAAGAAUCGUACUCCCUCGAUUCAGUCGGAAAACAUGGAUUUGCUAUGGAGGUUGGCCCACAGCCCCAUGGUGUGGUCAGGUCCAACAUCUACACAACCAUGAAGUCUGGAGUCCAGUAUAUGCUUGACUGGGUCCACUUCUUCAACUCAGGUGUUAUUUUCGAUGGAGGAUUUAUGGAUGUGUUCACUGUGGUUAAACAUAUCGACUACCCGAGGGAUGGUGAAACUCACAACAUCACAGCAGCCAUUCAUCCUCAACUCCAGGAUCGUGACUUCUGCCUCCUUCGACCUGGAGACCCACUGUUCCAGACAUUCUCAGGUGAAACCCUGCGUUACACCGGCAGUGAACCUCUUUAUCCUUUCUUUAUCAAUGAAAGUGCUUACUACGAGAAGGGCAUUGCGCUUUGCUUGGCUCGAAAGAGGCGUGUGAAGAUUCCAUCGGUCCGAGUACAAACAGAGGAGGAGGAACGACAGAACGAGCAGAGAUAUACAUCAGAAGAGGAGGAGUGAUGCGAUAUGGAUUAAAAGUGACUUGACUGUGAAAUGUGUUUUUUUUUUAUAAAGCUUUUAUUGAAAUGACAGCUGUUUCUUGGAUCACAAACAAAUGCAUGUGUUUGCAGUCAUACAUAUUUAGGUGCACAAUUAAGUGUUCACUGCAGAUCCACAAAAGCACAGUCAUACAUUUGUUAAGUCACACUACAGUGGAUUUGGGAAUAGAAUUAAAGGCUGAAUAUGUUCAAUAUAAUCUGAUUGAAAAGCACGUUUACAAUAAUGCCUUUCAACCCACACACAGUGCAGUAUUUCACAGCCACUCUUGAAUCUUAUAACACCAUGUGAGACUUCUACAUUUACUUAAAUAUACAGUGUGAUUUUUUUUUUUUUUUAUUAGGGUAUUACUGGUGUUUUUAUUUCUAAAUGUAUCUAAUUAUUGGGAAAAUAACAUUGUCAAAAAAUAGAAAUUCACUAUCAACCACUACAGCAAUAUUCAAAAUAUGUUCAAAAAUAAUUUAAGUGCAAAGGAAUACCUGUAGCUUAUCACAAUAUGGCCUUCAAAGUACAUUCAUAAUGGCUGACAGGAUAAAGCAACGCACUUUCAACCCUGUUGAAUCUGUCAUUUUUGUGAUUUGACUGAGCUUUUCUUUUCCAGAAUGGUGAAAACCAACAAAAUAUAAUCAAAGAACCGAUAGAUAAAAUAAAUAAACACAACUGAAUUCACAUAAUUAUGCAGAAACCAAUAAUAGAAUGAGCAUAUAAACAAACACAAACUAUAUAACCACUACUACGUCGAAUAGAUGAGAAGUUUUUUUUUUUUUUCCUACAAAAGCCUACAAAAUGAGUCAAAUUUUUAAAAAAUACGCUUGAAAAUAGCAAACAAAACAAUGCACUGGGUAAAGAAUCUAUAUAACGUAACACAGUCUUGGUAAUUGUCACAGAAAAGCAGCAGGCAAACGUCAAUUGAUUGGUAAAAACAGUAGCAUACUUUCAGUCACAAUCACUGUCACUCCCAAGUAGUUGUAAUGCCCUAAAUAUAGUGUAAAGCAGGUCAUUGCACAACAGCAAACCUUUGUCAAAGUAAGUUUCUCAAGGAUGCUAUUGAGAUUGUUUUCGUCAGUGGGGAGUGUUACUUGAGGCAUGCAUGUCUCAAGGACGUCUGUCAGGUGUUAACAGGUACAGUAAUUUAAUAUCUAACCACCCCCACAUGUGGUGCUCUGAAUACAUGUGAUUCUUGCAGCAUGAUUGAAAAUGUCAGCAAAAAGGUUAGUAAAACAGUCGGUGUGUUUUAACCUCACACUGCAUAUCAAGACUACAUAUUUUACUGUUGCAGAAUGUUUAACAACCUACAAAGAGUUAUUCAAGGUUAAUGUAGUUGGAUGUCACUCACUCUCUCUUCCCUCAUCAGCUGUGACCCAAAAUUAUACUGUGGUAAAGGCAUCACAGCCAAGUUGUUCUUUUAGUAGUUCAUCAUAGGACUUCACAUCACUGUAAACAAGUGAAUAAUGCUAUGUUCACUAUGCAGGUAAAAGUAGACCAAAUCUGAUUUUUGUUUUACUCAAGUGACCCUUUUUUUUUUUUCUUUGUAAUGACAGUCUGAACAGCACAAAUCAGACCCCAGACAUUUUCAUAUGUUGUCUUAAAUCGGAUACAUAUCUGGUGUUUUGCAAUGUGACUUCAGUCUGAAUUGUCAUGUCGCAUUUUAUCCGACUUCAUGUCAUACGGCAGAGAAGGUGGAACCCGGUGAGAUUCAUAUUUACUUCCAUAAACAGUGUGCUUCAGGACUGUAUAGUGUUCACACAUGAGUCUGAUGGUGUCACAUUUGAUUAAAAUGUGAACAAC